AUGGUGGGUUCGUCAAGACAAUGGGUUGAUUUUAUUACAUCCCUAGCUGUAACCCCCCUCCCCCUUCCUGCCGCCGCCGCCCCAGCUGCGACCUCGCCCCAGCCCCAGCCGCGACCUCGCCCCAGCCCCAGCCCCAGCCGCGACCUCGCCCAGUCUGCUCGACUCUCUCUCUCAUUCUCGCCUCUUUCUCCCUCGAAGCUCUGCAGAGGAGAUGCAAUCUCGGCACAGAUUGAUGCCAGCGCCCUCAAAUCCGUUUCGAAUUUAUCCGAGAAUGUUGGUGUGAAAGGAAACAAACCAGUGCAGCAACAGCAACAGAUGAGGGAGAUGGAAGAAGGUAGUGAGGUGGCGAUGGAGGUGGAGAGCUUGAAGAAAAUGGUGACGGCGGCCCGGCAGCUCGACUCCGCCAUGUUCGAGCUCAUUUUGAUCGGGUAA